CGCACGCGGAGAGAGAAAGGAGAUAGAGAAAGAGAGAGAGAGAGAGAGAGAGAGAGAGAGAGAGGAGAAAGCAAGCAGCGCGCGCUCGGGCUGUUACCACUGCGCAAUUGCGCGCACGCCGACGCUUCGGUUUUCCGCUCAGCGCGCGCGAAGCGGCGCUCUUCUCGCGCCGCGUCACAUCGCACCGUCCAAGCCGCCUCCGCAAACAUCGCUGAACUUCAUUGUCUGCUAUGUGCCCCGGCUGACGAGACGACUCGUUCGGACACCGCUCCGCCCCCGGACGGGUUUAUUCUUCCACACACACACUCUUAUUUGCCCCCAUUUAAAUGCCCCCUCGGGUCUGAUCUCGAGUUUUCCCGUGUUAAUGACAGACGAGAGCGCGCGCGGUCCUAAUAAAGUGCGCGGUCGUUAUGCACGCCGCUCGGCGCGUUCCUUCUGCAUCCAGCAUGACGCUUCUGCUGCUUCCUGACUUUUCUUUCGCUCCGGAGUGGCUCGGCAUGCUUCACAAACUUCAACAAGACAGCUCUUGAACGUCGUCUGGGGCGCGAGCCCGCGUCGUCGCGCGCAUCAUCAGCUAGUGCAAAGAAAAAAAAAAGAAAUAUAUAUAUAAAUAUUAUAAGGAGGAAUUUUUUUGCACUUCCGGAGAUCUGGAGCUAGCUGAUGCUGCUUGGCUGAAGAUGUUAGCCUUAAAGACAUCUGGACGGAGAUUCCUAACUUGAAGGUGUCACCAGAGCGAGCGUCGACGUUUGAGGAGUCCACUGUAAAUGGGAGCUGGGCUGAGUCUGGAUCGGGCUCGUGGAUAAACUAUGUGGAUAAAGUGGUGUAGAGAACGCAGUUUCAUGGCUGCACUGAGACCACUGGGACUCCUGGGAUGCAGAAUGUGGGUCUUCUUCACCCUUGUCCACCUCACUAUGGAUCUCUCCAUGUGUGCUCCAGUGGGGACUGGACUUAGGCUGCUUCCUCGGUCACUGCCUCGCUUACGUCCUCGUCUUCUUACCCGGGAUGUACCCAAUGGUCAGCGCUGGAGGACUCUGGGUUCCUGGCAGCGUGGUAUCCCACAUCCUGUUCCAUUACUCAACCACCGAGGAGGAGGAGACGGGUUGGGGUCUAAACCACAGCCACAGAGGCAUAAAGGUCAUCUUUGCGAAAACUGCACUUCCAGUUUCCCUGCCUCAGAGGGAGGCGAGUCGCUGGAGUUUUUGGAGGGGAGUAAAGCCAACAUUGUGCAACACUUGUUGCGGCAUCGUAGGCAGUUGAAGUGGGAUAGUUAUGAUAGUUAUUCACAGGAAGGAAGGACCACUACAGUUGCAGGAUUUAUUGACUGGGGGCCCACUGGGACAGAUGAUGGAGCCGAGGAUGAGGUGAAAGUUAUCCCUAAGACCAUGGCCACUACAAAGUCCACCACCACCACUACUACCACUACCACAACUACCACGACCACACGCAGCCCACAAAGGACUCAUGCGGUGGUCACCACCACUCGUCCAAGGAGGCUGAGUACCACACAGCCUGCCGUUAAUCUCGGCGUCACCCCCAAGCCACAAAAGCCAUUUGUGGAUACACCAGGUUUGGCAGUGCAUCAGAUCAUCACUAUCACUGUUUCACUCAUCAUGGUCAUCGCAGCCUUGAUAACAACAUUAGUCCUUAAAAACUGCUGUGCACAGUCGGGAAAUGGCCGCCACACUAGCCACCAGAGGAAGAUCAACCAGCAGGAAGAAAGCUGCCAGAACCUGACUGACUUCACUCCGGCACGCGUACCCAGCAAGGUGGACAUCUUCACCGCCUACAACGAUAGUUUACAGUGCUCUCAUGAGUGUGUGCACAACGCUGUGCCCGUCUACACAGACGAGAUGAUCCAACACACACCGAUUUACAAGACCACCUACAAUGGGAGCAGACCAUCACCAACUGAAAGGCAGCUAAUCCCUGUGGCCUUUGUGUCUGAUAAAUGGUUCGAGAUCUCCUGCUGAGGGCCUUUUACUACCCGUGGCUAACAGCAGCUUUCUCAAAUUUUGGACCCUGAAUCCCAUGGGAACACCCUGAAUUCUCAAAGACAGAAAA